AUGGCACCCAUCCGGCGGUACCUCCGAAUCAGCAAAUACUCCGUUCUGGAGUGCCGCAUCUAUCUGGACAACCCCUCCGACUCGCGAUGGCUACUCGACUCACGCGGCCCUGUGCUUGCGCGCGUCUUCGCCGCCAUCCGCCCGCUGGUGCUGCCCAAGCUGCGUGAAGAAAACGAGAGACUCUUCGCGCGCAAGAAAGGCAAGCCGGUCAAAGAUGUGAUUGCAGAAGAUGAGUUCGAGGUGGCUAUCUUCUUACGCGAGUCCCGGACGCGUCACUCGCUUCUCACGCGCAACAAGACGUUUCAUGAACCAUCGGGCCAGCAGAAACCUUCCACCGACUCGGCUGGUUCCGCAGGUGCUGGAAUCCUUCUCGAAAGCGACAGUGAGCCUGACGUGGACCUGCACCAUAUCCCGCAAGCAAUACGAGACGACGAUCGAUCAGACGAGGGGCAGGCACAAAUUGAAGACACAGCCGGGGACGAUGAGAAGAAGCUCCGUUUCAGGACCCAUUACGAAAGCUUUAAUAUCUGCGGCUGGGUGCUAUGUCUGUUGGUGACGCGCAAGGAGGACAAGACCAGAGCUCCUACCGGGCAGCCGUUGAUGGAGGAUUGGAUUUCAACGCAAGCCCAGGUGUCUGUCGAUGAGGAUUGA